AUGGCUUCAACAUACAGUAAUGAAUGAAGAGCAGUGUGUGACAUGUUUUGUAAUGCUCAAGAUCUCUCUGAAGUAGAAUCAAGAAAAGACCCAGAAAGAUCGAAGUAUAAGGCAAGUGAGCUUUUAGGAGAGAUAUACUGCUCCUUGAAGAAUUUCGAUGUCGGUGAACACGAGAACGUCAAUGAUGAAGCAGACCAGCGCCCGACAGAUCAGCCUGUUGACAGAGGAAGUGAGGAGAGCUUUGGGAGAGGCCACUGUGGAGACUCCCCAGAUGGAUCAAGAGCAGCUAAACUCGGGACGGUGGAGUAUUAUCUUAGUGUAAACCAUGUUGAAACAGAAGAGCUGUCUGCUGGAGAGGAACAUUUUAUGAAUUGCAUGACAUAUAUAUAUAUUUAUUUUUAGAAUCAACUGGGCAUUCUGUGGGCUGGUGGGGAUGAAAUUGAGAGAACCCAAGGAUUUUUGGAAACUGCAGAAACAAUGUAUAUUGUAGGCAUGAGGGAUGAUGGGCAACCCCCAAUGGACCUCACUGAGUUCUUUGUGGCAGAGGAAGAUGCAUUACCACAACAGGAGAGGAUAAAGCGAUUUGAAAUGGCCUACACCCAUACACUGUACUAUCUUGCACAAAUGUACAAUAACUUGGAGCUGUAUGAGAAAGCUGGGGGCUACUGACACAGCACUCUUCAGAGACAGCUGGAAUUCAACCAGUUCAUUCCUCUGGAAUGGGCCAUGAACGCUGCCACGUUAUCGCAAGAUUACAUCACCAAGACCCUCUACAUGGAGGGCAGGCACUGUCUAUCUGCUGCCAUUGUCAUAGCAGGCCUAGCUGGAGAGGUCCCCUCAGAAGCCGCUGCCCAGGCGAGUGAAGAUGAGGCUGAGAAAUGAGACCAACCAAGACAGAAGAGAGCCGAAAUUGCAAGGUGUUGGAUAAAAUAGUGUCUUAAUUUGUUGCAAGAUGCGAAGAACUUCUUACAGGACAACAUUGGAGAGCUAAAGGUGGAUUGACAGGUGGAGCUGAGAGCGACACAGCUACAAGAGGAGGAGGAGGAGAAGGAGAGAGGAAGGAAGAGUGCUGUUCUGUUUGGUUCCAUUGACACCAUUGACUCCAUCUUUUGACUCCACACCUUUGACUAUCCCGUCAACUUUGAGGAUGCCCGCGCCAUCUUUCUGAUUGGCCAGGCCUACGUAAACCAAGCUAAGGAGUACUUUGAGAUGGAUGGCCAGGUCACAGAUCACAUUGAGAUUCUGCAGGACCACAGCACUCUCUUCAAGGCCCUGGCAUUCUUUGAGGAGGACCUGGAGCGGCACUGCAAGAUGCACAAGCGGCUGAUGGAGCCCAUCUGCAAAGACCUGAACGCCCAGUACUACCUCCUCAUCUGCCGCCAGCUGCAGUUUGAGCUGACCGAGACCUACUACGAGAUGAUGGAUCUGAAGCUGGCCAUGGCCAACAAGCAGGACGACCUGGACGUGCACACGGUUAAGAAGUUUAACCACCUCUGCUCCUCCUCCACCAGGUUCUACCAGAUGUUCCUCGACUGAGUACGCUCACUAGAGGGCAAGUGGCCGGAUAAAUUGGAGGACGAGGUACUGAGGCCGGUCCUUGUGGUUAAGUUCCGGGUGGCUCGUCUCCACAGCAGGCUGAUCUCGACCAGCACAACCAUUCAGCUGGAGAACCUGAACCGCUCCCUGGAGUGCUACAACUUUGUGGUCCAGUACUGCAAGGACAACCCAGAGGCCAAAAUCGCCAUCGAGACAGAGCUGGAACUGAGUGAAGAGAUGGCCAGCCUUCUGCCCCUCAAGAUCAACCGACUCAAGGCAAAGUUGGCCUCCUCUAACUGA